GUUGACUGCUCGCGCAACAUUUGAGAGGCUGAAGUAAACCAUUGAUUAGGCUGGUAUUGUUCACCGCUUGGGCCUUAUACAUCACUGGAGAUUUGAGAUGGAGCAGGACCAUUCGUGGCCACGAGGCCGCCAUGGAUGGAACAGUGAUGGUCUGGGGUUGGGUCUGAGGGAAGGGGAUAAUCACUCUCCCAGAAGGAUGCACCAUUCAGGGUCACCUUCACACAAGUUCAGACCUAACAGACCAGUUUGGGAUGAUACUGUGCAUGAUUUAGCCUCCAUGAGAUUGACUCCUGCUGAAUUAGCACGAAAACUAGCAGCUCGUCAGUCAUCUAAUAAAGUUAUAGCAAGAGCACACUUAUUGGAACAAAGCCGGCGGACUGGUUCCUAUAGUCCAAAUUUGCCGCCUUCAUUGGCAGCCAGACUUCAGGCAGCUAGACAGCAAAGUGUGGAUUCAAUAUUGGCUCAAUCCAAUGCAAUGUUAAUUGCUUCACAGAGAGUGCGACAGAUGGACACUCGGUCUUCUCCAGAUUUUAAAGCCAUGCAGCAACAACGAAAACCUGAUGGAGAAGAGGAUGUAAAAUUAAAUGAAAAUGAUGGGAAACAAAAUGAUGUGCCUACAAAAACAUCUCUACUGCCAGAUAGUGCUGACAGUUCCACCAGUAAUCAGAUUAGAACUUCAGGAGUUGACACAAAAGAUGAAACAUGCAAGUCACAAAAUCCAGAGAGUAAAACUGAAACUUCUGGUAGUACAUUAAAUGAGUUGAAACAGAAAAUCCCAGAAGAUUUACUAAAACAGAGAGCUAGAUCAUCAAGUUCGACAAGGGAUGUACGAAAACCACUUGACACCAUUCAAGGUGCAGCGACAAGAACGAGCCUAGACCAUACAAUAACAAUGGUGGUAAACACAUGCCGGGAGCUAUGGCUGCAACUGGAAGAGGAAAGGCUUACUAGGGAACGACUGCAGCAACAGCUCCAACAACAAGGGAAUGUAAUAACUACUCUGACUGCUGAGCUGCUGCAGAUCCAAGAUCAACAAGAGGCGAUUCUGAGGGAGGUAAGUGAUGCUCGUGCAUCUGGACUUUGGGGAGCUGAGGGAGAUAUAAGUGGUGGCAGUACAGAUGUAGGGGAAGACUUAGUAAGCAUCCAGACAGCUAGUGGCAGAUUAACUGGUAGUAGACCUAGUCCGCAGUCACUGUCAAGUCGUCACCCUCAAAGGUCCAUUCUUAGAGCCACUCGUACAAUUACUCCACCUCAUAUGCGUCAACCACCUCCAUACCAGGUACUGCAGCAGACAACACGAACACACCAAACAGAUUCUCAUCUGCCACUGUCUCUUCAGCUCCCACCUUCACCACGCCCUCAUCAACCUUCAAGGUCACAUUCACAGUCUCCACAGGCUCACCAGCCAUCUGCGUGUCCAACCUCUGAGACAUCUUUAUCUCAAGGUAGUUUCAUGGGUGGGAGGCCCGAAAUACGUUCCCAUAGUAGCUACAGAAGCUCCAUAUCUCGUCAGAUUAGAGAUGCAUUGAUAAACGACCAGAUUGCAACCAAUUUGUCUGAUGGAAAAGCACUCUCCACUCCAUCAAACUUCGCCAAAUUGCAGCUUGAGGGCUCAUCUGAUGUAAAAUCUUCAGAAAAGGAUAUUCGAGCCAAAGUAGACAAGCAAGCCGUUACAACUGCCAACAAAGAGAAUUCUCUGAUAUCAGUGGAGCAUGAUGGUGUUAUGGAUUCAACAAUUACAGAAUUGCUUGAAAAGAAGAAUUAAUGAAGAAUACAUUUGGUAUUGCCAAGAAGAUGAGGCUGUUUAAUGUCAGUAUUGGUAUCAUACUUUAGUUUAUGCAAGAGGCUUUCACUAAAGUGUUGAAAAUAUCCAAAUUUCUGGAGUCUUAAUUAUUCAUAUCAAAUAUAAUGCAUAUCGUCAUUUUAUCAUUUUUCAUGGAUAUAACUUGAAAGACUCUUUCUGGGACCAUGAUUUUUUAAUUAGAAUUAGUCUGGUAUUUUGAUGUGAUAAGUUAUUAUAUCAUGUUAGUUGUUAUAGUGAUGUUUUAGGAGGAUUCUUGAAAUGGUGAAUGUUAAUACAGUAUAAAUGUAACUUACAGUAUUUAUAAUGGUCCAGGACGGACCACAAUAUCGUCAUUUCCAUUAUUUUCAAAUGUGUGGGUUGGGUGUCCAGUGUACAUAACUAGAUUUUAAGUUAAAGAUCUGUUGAUAUUUUUUUUGUUUUAUUUAUAUAAUGUUUUUGUACAGUAUAUCCAAAUUAUUCCCCUUGUUUUAGCUUCAUCCAUUCUGCUUUAGUAAAGGAAAUUCUUAUAAAAUACAGUUAUUUAGAAUACCUAUAUAUAGAUUUGAGCGUUUUGUUUUGGUAUUCUUUAAAGAAAAAACUUGGAAACAAUUUGUAUAUUCAGUUAAUGUCUUCUUUUACAUGUUUUUGUAAGAAAACUGUUUGAUAAUUUAAAAUUUUAUUAGCUCUAGUAUUUCAUGUGUACAAUACCAAAGGUUAAGACAACUUUGCAAAGUUUCAAACUUUUCCCUGGGCUUGGCUGAAGGAUAUCUCCUCAAGAUUACUUUAUACAGUAUUGCAAAAUUUUUUUUUAUGAAGUUAUACAAUCUUCUAAAAGUACUAACAGGGAUAAAAUUUCCUUUACUUUCUUAAUUUAAGCAACCAUGACUUAAAAUAUAAGAAAAUAUGCAAGUUUUUAGUACAUCAUGUUAAUAAUAAUCUACAAAAUAAUGUGGAACUUAAUAUUCUAAUAGAGCUUUUGUCCCUUUGUGCCAAGAUGAUGAAAUGUCUGCCUUAUUAUGAAGUGGUUUUGCAAGUGUGUAUUGUUAAUGUAUUUUUACUAAGUUCUUGUACCUUGUUUCUAAUGAUAAAAGAUAUUGUGCUUUAUUCAGACAGUUAUUCAGUUCGAGUGCCAGUUUAAGUGAAUUUAAACCUUAAGACAGGCAGUAAGUGAUAUUCCUUAACCCCUGUACUGUACAGCUAUUUAAAAGUACUACUGUACAUUGAGAUGUGCCUCGCUAAAAAUAGUUGUUAAAUUGGAAAAAAAUAGCAUAUGGUAAUUGGAGCACAAGAAAUAAUUGCAGAUAGAAUUUGGAGCAGCGUAAGGGUUAAUAACAAAUGAAGACUGGUAAUAAUAGUGUCAGUCAGAAUAGUAUAGACCUCUUUAGUACACUUGAGUGCCUCUGAAAAAUGAUUCUCCAUCAAUAAAUGAAAUGUGAUAGUACUGAAACAUUCAAAUGUGUUUUAGCCUAACCAGGCAAUGACUAAUAAUAUCCAUUAUGUUGGCAAAGUUGAAGAUGUAGCCUUUUGUAUUACACUUUGCAAUGUAUAGUUUAUCUGCUUGUACUAGUUAGUAGUUUGAUAUUUUUUAACAAGGAUCAAUGGUUUAUGAUGACGGUGUAGGCACGUAUGCUACAAACAGCAAUAGUCGGCAAUCAUCUGGAAAGUCCAGCCUCAGGUUGGCCGAGAACAAAAUAUCAGUAAACUGGUCACAGGUAACCUCGGAUUCCAUUAUUCUUGCACAUAAAAUUUUGAAACAUUAUAUAAUAUUUAGUAAAUGUCAUUUAAUUUUCUGACUGUUUUAGAAUAGAUAAAUGGGGCUUUUAUCAUAAAGCAUUGUCCUUAUAAGGAGAUUAAUUGCAAUGAUCGUUACAACCAUGAUUGAAGCAUCACAGAAACUACAAUAUGUUUGUUUAAAACACUAAUAAUAAUUAAUGCUGUUAAACUGCAAGUACAGUAGAUCUCUUGCCAGUUUCUAUUUUGUUACCUGUUCUCUUUAAGCCGAACAUAACAAUUCUGCAAUAUAAAUUAUUAAAGUAAAACAUUUUCUUGGAAUUCAAGACUUGGUUUCUGUGGGGAGACCCUUCGGCUCCCUGGAGCUAUCGGGCUAAUAUGUGAAUCAUUAGACCGGGGCAUUAGUCUGUGGAGUUCUGCCUACUGGGGACCAUUAGCCAGAAAAUGGCCCCCCUCGGAGAGGCGCAGGGAGAAAUGGCCGUGGAAAACUCCCCUGUGGUUAGGGGUUAACCUUAUCUGCCAUCGACCGGGGCUAGGCACCCAUAAAGGUAGGCAUAACAAAACAGACCCCCACAUGUUAGAAAAUUGCAACCAAAAACCGAACAGAGAGGCAGAACUCCCUCAAAACGAAAACUGCCUGUACGGUGCAGGAAGUUUGCGGCAGUUUGGCUGUCGCUUCGGAGGAUUCGUGUCGCUCAGUGUUCGACCAUCCGGCUCUAAUCGGACUGUUCUCUGGUGGUUCAUCGCCUGAACCGCAGGGGUUCUCUUUGGUCCUCGCCUCUUUGGGGCUGGUCGCUUAGAGUGGCUCGCCUGCUGGCUUCUCGGGUUUUGGCUCUUCGUGCGGCUCAUAUCUGGGGAGGUUAUCUCCCCAGAUAACCAUCCAACAUUUUCGUGGAUGGCCUGUCUCGGUUCAUUACCCUGUUCAUGAAAUGGACGGUCAAUGCUGACUCCUUCAGUUGGCUCUGCUGGACAUAUGAACUCCCGGAAGUGUACCCAUUCGAGUCGGCGUCACUCGAUAUAUACGUGGUGCCCUUUCCUGACUGCGAAGCUUUUGCUGUGAAUGCCUUUUGGCAGAACUGGUCGAGGUGGGGUUACCUGUACCUCUUACCUCCCGGUCCAGCUGUUGCUUCGGGUUCUGGCUCAGUUGAAGUCUUACUAUGGGAGAGUAGUCCUCAUGGCCGUUUAGUGGCCAGCCCAGCCUUGGAUUUGGGCGCAGCUUGCUCGGUAUCCGAACUCAGGGCAUUUUCCGCAGCUCUGCAGCUUCCAACUGGCCCGAUAGCUCCAGGGAACCUCCAGGGCUCACCCAGAAAAUGGCAUUUCAUUAUUCAAUGCUGGUUUUUUUCUGUUUUUAUUUCUGGAUAUUCAUAAUAUUUUCCAAGUGAAUUAUGACUUCUUAUUAGCCUCUUCAUUCAAAGCUUUUGUAGGAGAGUUGGGUUUUAUAUCCUGAUCUCUCAAAGUGAACGCAUCGAAUUGUACAAAUUUAGGAAUGCACAAAUAUCUUUGUUACUCCCAAAUUCAAAUCAAAGAGGAUGUAGUUCACAAAAUACACAAGUUGCCACUUGUGUGGUGCUGUUUUACUGGGCAAUGCAUCGUGCAACUCUUGUUUUUCCUUUGUGUGUGUCCCCUCACCACCUAUCUUGUAGCAUCUGCACAAACACAUAUUUUCUCUCAUGUGUCUCCUCAAAUAUCUUGUUCUACCAUCUGUAAAUGUUCACAAUUAGUUUGAUAAUUGGUAUGGUGUUAUUGAUGCAACAAAAGGCAAUUACUGGAGGGGGCUGAAGCUCCCUGAAGCAAGCUAGCUAACUAAGAUAGUUCCUCACAAACGAGUCUCCUCAGCCUUAGGCGUCCUGAAUGGCCUACCAGGGACCAGAGCCAGAACCUGGGACUCCUCACAGAGGCACAGGAAAUCAGAGAUUGUUAUGAUCACCUUUACUGAGAAGACAUCCCAAAGGUAAGCGAUGCAAUACAGACAACUGCAAGGUUCAUGAGAGAAAAGAACUGAAGCAGCAAAUGACUCUGCAAACAAUUCACUCACUCACUAGCUAAAUUGAACCCUCAUAUUUAGAGCAGGCCACCAAUAGGUGGCAUUACCACUGCUUCAACAUCAUCAGACCCUUAGUGCAGAGUUGAAAGACCACAAACCAACACACCUGGAAGGAAAAGAAGGGAACAGGUAGCCACCGAGUGCUUACCAGAAAGAGGUGUUUCUUUACAUUCAAUGGUGGUUUUUUGGCCUUAACAUGACCCAACAUAUCUUCUAUUGAAUGGUUAAAAAAAAAAAAAUGGCCAAUAUAUAAACUAUUUACCAUACCUAAAACUUGCCUAUACCUGACGGGUACUCCUGCUCACUGUGCAGGCGUAGGUGUUCAUAGAAACAUUAUUUCUACAGGAUAUGAUCAAUACUCAAAAUAUUGUACAAGUACAAUAUUUUGUACAAUACUCAAAAUUUUGAGUAUUGUACUUGCAAAUAAUGUUGAUUAUCUAAAGCAAGUACAUCCCCUCACCAUCUUCAUUGUAAAUGUCUACAUCAUUGAAAGUCUACAUUGCAUCAUAAUUAAUGUGCUCAAGUCAUUCUUCAAGAAAAUGAAUGAAUGAAGAGUCAAAUUUUUCUUGCACAGUAGCAAUAAGAGCCCUUUCCAGCACCUGCAGCACUAUGACAUUCCUUAGAUAUUAUCAAUUGUUCCGAUAGAAUUUAGACUUUUCCAAUCUAUUAUGACCACAUGUACACAAAAUUCCAGCACAAAAUGUUAUAUUGAUGAGGUGAGAAAAACACUGGAAAUCACAGGAAGAAAAAUGUGUUGGUCUGGCGUAGUUUGUUGUGAAUGCAUGUCACCGAAGAUGAUCUCAUAUUGGCUCCCUUCAUACCCAAUACGAUGGUCAUAAGCUCUGCCAUCACUGUGCUCGCAUUGUUUACAUGUGUGUGGUUAAGGAUGGUUAAGAAGGUGAAAUUUCAAACCAGUUACCGUCAUCAGACCGCUAUAAUGUUUUAAUAUUUAUAUAUACAGCAGUUUGCCUAAUGAAUCUUGCACACUACAGUAUCAUUAAUGUUCUUUAUGAGUUAUGCUAUAGUUUAGAGUACAGAUUUAUAAGUGUGAAAAAUGGUCUAUUCAAUCCUCUUGCCCUCUGUAUGAUUUUGUGACUAAAUUUAAAGAGCUUUCCUUGAGUGUAAAUACACAACAGUAUGCCUAUUUCAGAAUACUGAAGUGCCUGAAAAGUUAAUGUUAUUUACUAAAAUAAGAAUUGCUCAUGCAUUUUGGUGAUAAAUAUAUACAGUAUGCUGUAGUAAAGGUUAACCAUGGUAUUUUACACAGUCUAGACACUGACUCAAAAUAAGUCAUUGUGGUCCUCAUGUUAAUGAUAAAUUUAAAUAUGAAUGUCGUUAUUAUUGAUGCCUUGUUCCAUCUUGGAACUCCCUUUCCUUGUUGCUCUUAGUCUUAAAAAGACCCUCCAAACAUGAAAGGUUGAUAAAAAAAAAAGGCUGUGUACAUUUUGGAUACAAUAACAAUUUUGUAUUUCAUAGAUAAAAUAAAAUAGCUUUCAGUAGGAAAGACAGGUCUUAUGGGACAUGUGAACUCAGAGGACCAAUUGAUGUGAUGUUAUACCUUAGAUCUGGUAAUCACCGAGACUCACUUUUCUACCAAAAUCUUGUUGCUGCAAAAAGGGGGGGGGGAGGGGACUUUUAUAAUCUGAUGUAAUGUUAAAAGCCCCUUACAUGAAGUAUAGAAGGAAGGGGCGAGGGUUAAGUUCAGAUAAUAAUUUUGAUCGUUCAAAUUAGAAAUAUGCCUCCUUUGGGAAUACAGUAGUUGGAGUUUUUCUCCCCCACUCAACCACCCAAAAACAUUGAGUGCGCUCUGAACAUAUUAAGUAAACUAAAAGUUGCUAUGUCGUAUAAAAAAUUCCAAUGAAUGGUAUGUGGUGUCUCAUCCUAGGGCUUUCUCUAGUUUUGCUGCUUGGUUUGCAUUCAUGUCUUUGAAGUGGGAGAUAGGAAUUGCUGUAUCAGUAAUGUAGGUUGGAGUUUGAGAAUACUGUACAUGGCAAACCCAUAAAUUAAUGUAAUUCUGAAUGAGACUGUUGAAAUGACCGAGAUAAAUAUUUUGUCUCUUGACAGUCCAUUCACAGUUUUAAUGGUAGUGCUUCCAAAUGUAAAAGGCUAAGUUUUAUACAGUUUGUCUACAUAUCAAGCAAUUUCCUUUUUCAACUUAUUCAUAAGACAUAAAGCUUUUAUUUGAUCCAUUCCCUGGUGCUUUCAAAUCAUAAAAUGUAGUUUACAAUUUGUUUAUAGUAAUGAUUGUAGUAAUAUAACAUAGUUAUGUUGUUUGAAGAAUUUAUAGGCUUAGGAGCUCAUAUUCCUAAGAAAUAGUUCAUGAUGUUGCAUUGAAUUCAGUCUUAGACUUGAUUUUCCCUUGUAUAGUGAUCUUGGUUUAAAUAUUUAUUCAGUGUUUAAAAGCAAUGGUUUCUUUAAAGAAAGACAUUACUAGUUUAUGCACUUUGUAUCCUGUUAUCAAAAUGAACAGUAUUAUAAUAUUGCAUUUAAAUGGCACUGUAUAUCGAAAAAUAAAUAGUAAAUCAGAUUUUUUCCACUGUUCUGUAUUCUUUAAUUCUAUGUUAAUAUGUUUAAGCACUUGUAAAUUAUUGCUUCUUUGUCCAUGAAGCUAUUUUUUGCAUAAAUGAAUCACUUGUUUGCAAUUUUUUGCAUAUACAGUAUUAUUCAGGUACAGUAUGUUAAUUUAUAUUUUUAUGUAUAUAUAUAUAUAUAUUUAUUUUAUUCCCCACUGUAACUGUACAGUAUAUGUAUAUUUUAAUGUUUAUUUGAUUAUGAAUUCGUAAUAUUUUAUACAGUAACUCAAUGAUCAGGAAUGUAGAAAUUAAUUUUGACAUUACAGAAUUUUAGAUGUGUAUCAGCAUUAUUUUGAAAGUAGAAUAUUGUUCUAUAUUUUAGUAAUGAUUGUAGUUAAUCUCAAGUCUCUAGUAUCUGAUACUGACUUGUGAUAUAUUUGACUUUUUUAAGAUUAUGUCAAUUUCUUAAUGACUUUAUUAUUCAUUGAUGCUUGUGGGUUGUGGGAAUAGUGAGUGUAUUGUUGUUGUAUCAUUGAAAUAGAUGUUUAUAAUACAGCAUUGAUUUUGUCUAUUACCUGUUGAAUGGUUAAUUUUGCAGAGAUGGUGUCCUUGAAACCUUUAAUGUUGGGGCUUUGCAAUUCUUUUUUAUUGAUAACAAUAUCCUUUAAUGGAAAGGAGAAAAUGUCAAACUAUAAAACAUAUAUAAAAUAUAUAUUAUACAGCUCUCUAGUAAUAAAAUAACUAUAAACUAUUCUAUAUUGAUUGGUCAUAUUAAUACUGUACAAUGUAACAUUUACCUGUCUGUAUUCUUUGUUUCAAGAUGCUUGUGAAUUUCUUACCACAGUUCAAGAAUUUUGAUUUUCAAAAUAUACUUGCGAUUGAAGAAAGGGGCUCCUCACCACUCAUGCUGAUGGUGGAAAAGGAUCCCCCCUCCACAGUGUGCAUACACAGCUGCACUUUAAUUUAAUUUAUAUUAUAAUUUUUAGUCUGUGUAAUGUAUAGUUUUAUUAUGGUCAGUUACUCCUGUUUACUACUACUGGGUAGUUAUUGUCUCGUUAUGCUUUACUUAGAUUCACUUUAUAAGUUAUGUUUAGUUUCUAUUGUUCAUUUAGUUUUUAUCAUUCAUUUAAUUUUUAUUUAUUUACAGACUUGAUAAAUUUACUCAAGUUUAUUAAACAAAUAUUUUGUACAAUAUAUUUUGCUCGAUCCUUAGAAACAGUGCUCUACUGUACUUAUGGAAGUGCAUCAACAAUGUGUUAAUUGUUUCCUGUAUAGAAAUCUUGUAAUGACAUUUUAGUUUUGUUUCUGUGACUGUGUUACAGAUGCAUAUCGUUUGUACUUAAGUUUAAAUGAGCAAUAAUCUUUCAGACUCACUACAUGAAUUACUGUGUCUAUUUUAAAUCAUUACAAAUAAUUUUGAAAAUGUAUGUAUGCAUUCAUUCUCUAUGGAUGCAUGUUUUGUACUGUAUGCCAUCAGCUGAAGAAUAUAUGCACGAAUAUUUUACUGCAUGUAUGUCAGCAUUUCAUGAGUAUAAAUGUAUAUUUUAUUUCCAAUAUCGCUGAAUAAAUUGAAAGUGCCUGUAAGAUCCUUGGCCCUUUUGUGCCUAAAAAAUAACAUAAAUUUUUUUUAACAAAUGUAUAUUCGAAAAUAUGGAGAACAUGUGCAUGUUCUGCUAAUGUUACAGCAUGAGCAAAACCCAAACAGACAUCCUUCAUUACAAUAUUAUAGCCUUUAGAUUCAAAUUAUUCCUUAUCCACAACCAUUCAUAAGUUUAGCUUCACUCAUUUGGUGGUAGUUGAUGGAAGAGUGAAUUCUGUGUUGCAAGGUGCAUAAUGUUGAUGACCCUGCAGUUAAGGAAGUAAAUGCUUGCACAGAAUAGCAAAUGUUGCUCAUUUGGUGCAGCAAUUAAGUCCUGCAUUUUUUUCAUAUUCAAUAAGCUUUUAUAUUCCUUUCCAUGCUUCAUUUAUAUCACAGGGAAACCUCAAGUACUUAUGUAGUUUUCUCUGUAAAAUGGACACAAUAUCUAAAAUAGAAUACUGUACUGUACUUUCAAUACUAUUGUAUUAUAUGCUAUUGAAAUAUAGUAGUACCGGUAAAUGCAUGGUAACUGUUCUUGCUAUUUGAAAGCUGCAUCAAUUAUAGACGAGUGUAAGCAGGUUGAUGGAUGUGCAAGUCGAUGGACGAGCCAGUUGAAUGGAGUUACAAAUUGGAAUAAAAUAAUAAAAACCCCUUAUAGAAAAAUAUUUAUUACCACUUUUGCAUAAAUUAUGUAAUAUAAAAAUCUUGACACAUUACAUCAAAUGUUAACCCUGAGAUGCUUGGUAUGUCCCAAACUACUGGUACAGUAUUUGUAAAUAUACUCAAGAAAUCUUAAAAUAGAAUGGUACACAUGUAUACCUUGGAGUGUUUCUGGGGCUUAGCGUCCCCGCGGCCCGGUUGUCUCGUUGCUGGACUAUGGUCACUAUAAACUCAUAUAAACUUAUAUAAACUCAUUGAGAUAAAAUUAGUUAAUAUCCUUACAAAACAUUAUCUUGUAAAUAAAAUAUUUCCAAUAAUUUUCAAAAUUAAUAAAUGAACAAAAACAAAGCAUUCAAGUAAACAUGAUAAAUUUAAUUUCUAUAUUUAAAAUACAACUACAGUACCUUUCAUGUCUUAAGUGUAUUUGCUGAACUCUUAUACAAACAAAAAAACAUACAUUGUACAGUACAGUAUAACCAUUAUUUGGGAAAGGAAAGUUAGAGUAAGUGAUAACGAAGUGACAGUUAUUAAUAAUAAAAUAAUGUGCAUUAU